AAACACCUCCUCCACACCAAAUCUGAUCCAUUCGCCCACAAUAUUCUCUCUCUAGAAUCAUCACAACUUUCUCUCACUAGAAUUAGCAGUAAGAUCAGCAUCGGUCGGUGAUGGGUUCAGAGACGUUCUUGGAAGUGAUCCUAGCAAUACUUCUACCACCUGUUGGGGUCUUCCUUCGUUAUGGCUGUGGAGUGGAGUUCUGGAUUGAUUUGCUGCUGACAUUGUUGGGAUAUAUUCCGGGCAUCAUUUAUGCAAUUUAUGUAUUAGUUGGCUAGCAACAAUAUAUAUAUAUAUUUUUGUUAAUUGUAUUUUGUUGAAAAAUUUGUAGAAAACGUACAUGUGGUGUUUCUGGUGUUUUCUUAAAACAAUUGGAUCGUGUUUGUUUGGUUUGAUCUGGAAUUUAGGGUUUGUUGGCUUA